AGAGGCGGAGGGGAGGGGGCGGGGGCCGGUCCCAGAAGAUGGCGGAGGCGGGGGAUUUCUGGUAGGUCCCACUUGAGGACGUCAUGUGGUGCUGUUCAAACGUCAGUCUGCGUUGAGUCAAAGUUGAGCUUCUCACCUAGGAAGCCUUUUUUUUUUUUGUCCCCACACCAGCUUACUGAACUUAUGAAACCAUGGCGGAAGGAGAGACAGAGUCACUGGGGCCCAAAAAGUGUGGCCCAUAUAUCUCGUCUAUCACUAGCCAGAGUGUGAACUUGAUGAUUCGAGGCGUAGUGCUGUUUUUCAUUGGAGUAUUUCUGGCGUUAGUAUUAAAUUUACUGCAGAUUCAGAGAAAUGUGACGCUCUUUCCACCUGAUGUGAUUGCAAGCAUCUUUUCUUCGGCAUGGUGGGUACCCCCAUGCUGUGGCACAGCCUCAGCCGUGAUUGGAUUAUUAUACCCCUGCAUUGACAGGCACCUAGGAGAACCACAUAAAUUUAAAAGAGAGUGGUCGAGUGUAAUGCGGUGUGUAGCCGUCUUUGUUGGUAUAAAUCACGCCAGCGCUAAAGUGGAUUUUGAUAACAACAUCCAGUUGUCUCUCACACUGGCUGCACUAUCCAUUGGACUGUGGUGGACUUUUGAUAGAUCUAGAAGUGGUUUUGGCCUUGGAGUAGGAAUCGCUUUCUUGGCAACCGUGGUCACUCAGCUACUAGUUUAUAAUGGUGUUUAUCAAUACACUUCUCCAGAUUUUCUCUACGUUCGUUCAUGGUUACCCUGUAUAUUUUUUGCUGGAGGCAUAACAAUGGGAAACAUUGGUCGACAACUGGCAAUGUAUGAAUGUAAAGUUAUCGCAGAAAAAUCUCAUCAGGAAUGAAGAAGGCAAAAAUAUAUCUUUUCUACAGAAAAACAAGAAGAAAAGGGCAUGUAACUUAUAGAUAUAUCGCCAAAACUGGGGACUGUGAAAUUGCCAGAAAGCAAUUUUUCUUUGAUUGGUGUAUGUAUGUAUGUAUGUAUGUAUACACACAUGUUAUUAUUGCAAUCUGUGAUUGCUUCAUCUGUAAAUCAGUUAUAAAACUAUGUAUCUGACCUAAAUAACUGUAAGAUAUAUGUGCACUACAUUAAAAAGUUGAUUGAUAGAUCAAAUUUCUAAAUUAAUUUUUUAAACUUGCCAUACAUUGUAUCACAAUGUUGAUGUGCCAAAAUGUUCUUACCGCCAUGCAGAGUAUAACAGUGCUUUGAACAAUGUAUACACUUAAUGAAAUAAAAUAAGAGGAAAGCCAAAAAGAAAAAAGAAACAGCUGUCCAACAAAAACAAAUGGGAAGCUGGUGUUUUCUCUUUCUGUUACUGUUGAACCUUUUUAUUCUUAUCACAGCAGUAUGACUUAACAAAUGCCUUGAUAUGUGGUUCGUUUUUGCUUUAAUGUUGUUCCAGCCACUUCUGUGUAUUUUAAUACUAGCUGAAGAUGAACUUCCACGUAGUGUUUUCAAAUCUACCUUGCUGGAGAGAACCCAAAGACUCAUUUUCUGUUUCAGUAGAUUUUACUGUGUGACUGAGAGAGGUUGUCCAUGUAUUAAAUUGCUUCAUGACGAAAUUCAGAAGAGCUUAUGUAAUUAAACAUAGAUACCAUUAGGGAAUGUAGCUAGAAUAAAUGUGUUCUGGAAAUACCCAUUGGCCUUCUGCAUUACCACAAAGCUUGCACUUGCCAUACAGGAUCUCAUUACCCUUGCACAUGGAACAGAGUCAGAAACUCUGGAUAGAUCAAGUAAAGUUUCUAAUUCCAUUAGAUUUUGUAGUCUGUUGGGUUCUAGGAAACAAACCGCUUUCUCUGGGCUCAGUCAUUAGCAUGCCUGGAUUCUCUGCCUUACCUUAUACACUAACGGCAAAUGGGUGGGUACCUGGCUUCUUAUGUAUUCACAUGUCCAUUAGUGAAUAGUUCAAGUCUGCUUAAGAAUGACUGUUCAAGAUGGCUUUCAGUGCAUUUUAAAGAUCUUGGUAACAAUUCUGGGCACAUCUUUCCAACAAGUAGCCCAUUUUGAAGUAUGGUUUAGACAUAUUCUUUGCUAAUUUGUUAUCCCAGUUUUUAUUUUUGUGGUUGGUGACACUGCCUGAUGCACAAGGGCAGAAUCUCUUGAGUAUUUUGGUGUGUGCGUGUGCACACAUGUGGGCUGUGUGUGUUUGAGUGUGUAAGAGGGAGAGAAUGAGCAUGUGUUAAGGAUGUGCAUGUACCCAUGCUUUCCUGGAUUGCUGACUAGAUACUUCAGGUUGUUUGUUUUGUUAAACAAUUGCUAUCAGACUGAAAUCUUGUGUAUGCCAAACUGUAAUCUGCUUUUACGAUUUCAGGCUGACAGUGUAAAAAUCCUAAAAGGAUUUCAUCUGGAAUAUGUGUACAUGACCAUAAAGAUAGUGGUGGUAAACAUGCUACUAUAAUUUAUUAUUCUAUCUUCUAGAUAAUGUUAUUCAUUUAGAACAAAUAAGGUAUAUUUUUAGAAUAAACUUUGUAAGCAUUGUAAAAUCUUUAAUAAGUUAUAAGGUCCACGAUGUGCUUACUUUGAAAAUUGCUGUUAAAAGCAAGAUGUAUUAAAUAUGUAACU